UGACUGGGAAAUGUCAGCUGCUUGACUGUGGACGAGUUUUCCUUUCCCGGGAAUCCGAAGGCCUUCUGGUGACCGCCACCGUCGUCGCCUGUGCUCGUGGGUCUCAGACCCUGGACGGCUGUGGCGGACGUGGAGCUUCCCUGUCCUUUCCAGACGCUGUCUGGCGAGAUCGGACGGUGAGCCUUAGUGGGAGCUGUGAGGCGCGAUGGGGUCUGGGGUCCGGGCGAGCGCAGGUAGAGAUAAAGGGGGUCCCUGGAAGUCCCUGAACGGCCGCUGUCGCGAGGCCCACCUCCCUGGCCUGAAUGGAGGCAGCAGCCAGGCCCGCCGGUCAGAUAUGGUUCAGAAGCAUACAUGAAUAACUUUGGUUCAUCAGAGUGAACAUUCAAUAAUGAGUGGUGCAGCUUUGGGACUCGAGAUUGUUUUUGUCUUUUUUCUGGCAUUAUUCCUACUUCAUCGAUACGGAGACUUUAAGAAACAGCAUAGACUUGUAAUUGUUGGAACACUGCUUGCUUGGUAUCUCUGCUUUCUUAUCGUCUUCAUACUGCCUCUGGAUGUUAGUACGACAAUAUACAACCGGUGCAGGCAUGCUGCUGCAAAUUCCAGCCCUCCUGAAAAUAACAGUACAGCAAUUGUUACCCCAGUUCCAAGCCAACAUCCAUGUUUUAAGCCAUGGAGUUACAUUCCUGAUGGAAUCAUGCCAAUUUUCUGGAGGGUAGUAUAUUGGACAUCACAAUUUUUAACAUGGAUUCUCUUACCUUUCAUGCAGUCAUAUGCAAGAUCUGGAGGGUUUUCUAUCACUGGAAAAAUAAAAACUGCACUGAUUGAGAAUGCAAUCUAUUAUGGCACCUAUUUGCUGAUUUUUGGAGCAUUUUUAAUUUAUGUAGCUGUAAACCCACGUUUACAUUUAGAAUGGAACCAACUUCAGACAAUUGGAAUAGCUGCUGCCAAUACAUGGGGUCUGUUUCUUCUUGUGUUGUUGUUGGGGUAUGGCUUGGUGGAAAUUCCUCGGUCAUAUUGGAAUGGAGCUAAAAGGGGUUAUCUACUUAUGAAAACUUAUUUCAAGGCAGCCAAACUGAUGACAGAGAAAGCAGAUGCAGAAGAGAAUUUGGAAGAUGUUAUGGAGGAGGUUCGUAAAGUGAAUGAAAGCAUCAAGUAUAACCACCCAUUGAGAAAAUGUGUUGAUACAAUACUUAAAAAGUGUCCUACAGAGUAUCAGGAAAAAAUGGGUAGGAACAUGGAUGAUUAUGAAGAUUUUGAUGAAAAGCGUAAUACCUAUCCAAGUGAAAAGAGUCUGGUAAAAUUACAUAAACAGGUGAUUUAUUCAGUUCAGAGGCACCGUCGAACUCAAGUACAAUGGCAGAUUCUCUUGGAACAGGCAUUUUAUCUAGAAGAUGUAGCGAAAAAUGAAACUAGUGCAACUCAUCAGUUUGUUCACACCUUUCAAUCACCAGAGCCUGAAAAUCGAUUUAUCCAGUAUUUUUAUAAUCCUACAGUUGAAUGGUACUGGGAAUGUCUUUUGCGACCAUGGUUUUACAGGAUACUUGCUGUGGUUUUGUCUAUCUUUUCUGUGAUUGUUGUGUGGUCAGAGUGCACAUUCUUUAGCACAACUCCUGUCUUAUCCCUCUUUGCAGUCUUCAUACAGCUGGCAGAAAGAACUUACAAUUAUAUUUAUAUUGAGAUUGCUUGCUUUCUGUCUAUCUUCUUCCUAAGUAUCUGUGUUUAUUCUACUGUAUUUAGGAUUCGUGUAUUUAACUAUUAUUACUUGGCUUCACAUCACCAGACUGAUGCUUACAGUCUUCUUUUCAGUGGCAUGUUAUUUUGCCGCUUGACUCCUCCUUUAUGUCUUAAUUUCUUGGGUCUGACCCAUAUGGAUUCAUCCAUCUCUCACAAGAAUACUCAACCAACUGCUUAUACAUCUAUUAUGGGUUCCAUGAAAGUUUUAUCCUUUAUUGCAGAUGGAUUCUAUAUAUAUUAUCCUAUGUUAGUGGUAAUUCUGUGCAUUGCUACUUAUUUUAGUUUGGGAACCCGUUGUUUGAAUCUGCUUGGUUUCCAGCAGUUCAUGGGUGAUAAUGAUAUGACAUCAGAUUUAGUUGAUGAAGGAAAAGAAUUAAUCAGACGAGAAAAGAGAAAAAGGCAAAGGCAAGAAGAAGGUGAAAAUCGAAGAAGAGAAUGGAAAGAACGUUAUGGACAUAAUAGAGAAGAUUCCACUAGAAACAGAAAUGUUCAUCCUGACCCAAAAGAGUCAAAUUUCUCAGAUAUCAAUACCAAUUGGUCUGCAUCCAAAUAUACCAGAGCUAAUAAUAAAACUGAAAGGGACCGAAUAGAACUUCUCCAAGAUGCAGAACCUUUGGAUUUUAAUGCAGAAACAUUCACUGAUGAUCCUCUUGAAUCUGAAUCAGGAAGGUAUCAACCUGGUGGACGAUAUCUCUCAAUGUCUUCCAGCAUAAUAUUUGAUGAUGUCUAAAGUCUGGAAAAAUUCAUGCAAUGACUAAUGAAGGUCAAAACAUAAGUUCAGUCUUUAUGAACAUCUCUGUGCCACAGAAUUUCCUCUGUACUCUCAGUGAAAUAUCAGAACAACAAAAAGGCACUGAGAAUUAAUUACAUCUUAGUAAUAAUAGUUUAUUGUUCCCUGAGUUAGAGUAUCAUCUUUUCUAUUAGGAUUUAUUGCACCAUUCCCUAAGUGUCUGCCUUAGGAAUACGGUCACAAUAGAAGGAUUUAAUUCAUGAUAAAGAUCAGUAUAUGUUGAGAACAUGUAAUCCAGUUUGUUUCAGUUAUUUUUUUUCAGGAGAGUUAUAUUAAAGGUCCAAGAAAGCCAUAAGUCAUACUAAAUAAUAUUAUACAGUUUUAUUAUUGUGAUUAUAUUUUUGCUGUUUCUAAAAAGUAUGUUCAACCUAUAUUUCCCAAAGAAAUAUAAAUGAGUGGAGACCUCAGAUAAUAACCAUAUUC